AUGGCCGCCUUCGUGCGCGUAUCAGGCCCAGCAAAUGGGAAUUUCCUGAUCGGAUACCCAGGAAUUUCGGCGACCAUGCCACGAAUUGAGGGCAAAGUUGAAAUCAGACCCUGCGUCGGCAUCACAGCUCCAGUCAACGUCUCGCUCGUCACUAUUUCCCUCCUCCGCCGCGAGACAAUCCACCCUUCGGCCGACUCCCUCACAAAGAAGCGCCUGGCUCCGCCGCGGAAAGAGAUCACCGACAUCGUCGGCAAAGAGAUGCUGCUAUUUCGAUGUCCUGCCGGCCGAGAAUACGAGGAAGUAAUAUCUAUGGACCUGCCCUUCGUUCUCUUUAUUCCAUUUGGUCGUGGUGGCCGAGAUGCCUCUCGCCGUGUACCCCCAGCUAGUGUACAACUCCCGAGUCGCACUGCUGAAACAUACUACGAGAUGGUGGUGAUGGUUCAGCAAGGGCAACAGCAGCAGCAUAAAUAUACCUUCCCCGUCCCCAUCGCGCGCUAUGACACACUCUCCACAUUCGGCAUGUACAAUCGUCCAGAGUCAGCCGAGCGCGUAUCAGAUCAUCUGGUCACAUUAGCUAUCUCACUACCACGAUGGUCCUACGGUCCUCUCGAUCCUGUCAGCGUCUAUGUCAAACUUUCACCGAACGAGAGCUGGAUGGGCAAGGCGCGUAAAGUGACCAUCAGCAAGAUCACCAUCGGCAUCGACGAGGAAAUUAUCUACAAUCACGAAGGCGAUGAGCCCCAGCGCAAAGUCAAAGUUCUAGCCAAGAAAACAGAGAACAUCGGCGUUAAACUACCACAAUCGGGCUAUUUAACAAAUCUGGGGUUGGUAUUCCCCGCCAAGGACCUCCGUGACGCAGAAGGAAUCUUGCCGAGAAGUAGGGCUGCAUUUCCAACGUACGGUGCCCAUUUAACCUCUGCAAGAGACAUCACCAUUCGACAACCAAUCGUGGUCUGCCCUCUCGAUCACGCCGGCUGCAAAGAAGAAAUGGAAGCGAUCGAGCAAGCCGCACGAGACGCCGCCCACGUCAACCCAGACAACCCCAUGCUGCCUCUUCCAGCAAUUGUACGACCAAACGACCCCAACGCCCUCAGCCAUCUAGGCGCCGCUAUUGUCGGCAACCAGAAGAAACCGCUGAUCGACUGA